GUUAGCUUUUGGGUCUGUUAUGCACCUUUUCGGCCUCUUAAUGAUGUCUAUAGCCAAGAAAUACUACCAAGUACUGUUGGCACAAGGAAUAUGCACUUCUAUUGGUACUAGUGCGAUCUAUUAUUCUGGAGUUACUAGCGUUAGCACCUGGUUUGAGAAGAACUGAGCUCUUGCACUUGGUGUUAUGAGCAGUGGAUCAAGUCUUGGUGGCAUCGUCUACCCAACCAUGAUACGUGGCCUAAUUUCACGCCUUGGAUUUGGCUGGACGGUGCGGAGUAUAACAUUCUUGAUGUUCAUUCUGCUUAUUAUGGCCAAUAUGAUAGUCACGUCUUGCUCAAGGCUUAUACGGAGUCCUGUUUGCCUUGCCCAGUUUAUGGCUCCAUUUAGGGAGUAUCCAUUUGGCCUUGUAUGUCUUGGAAGCUUUCUAUUUUGUUCCGGAAUGUUUCUACUAUUUAACUUUAUCAGCGUCCAAGCUGAGGUAUUUGGAAUGUCAGCCGCUAAUACCGGCUAUCUUGUAGUUGUCUUAAAUGCCAUUAUAGUCUUUUCGGCCGUAUUACAGGGCUAUAUAGCCGAUUGCAUUGGUCGAUUUAAUAUUGUUAUCAUUGCUACAGCAGCUUCUAGUAUUUUAGUCCUCACUCUUUGGCUGUUGUCGGCAAAUGGAGUUCAUCUGUUUGUAUUCGCUGGCCUGUACGGAUUAUUUGUAAGCACGUUCACUUCACUUGCUCCCGCUCUUAUAGGUCAAAUAUCUAUCACGAGCCAGACCGGAACGAGAAUUGGUGUGCAAUCGGCUGUCAUAUCUUUGUCUGUUUUAUUAGGAAGCCUAAUUGGCGGCCAACUUAUAGAACUUUGUCAUAAAAGUUUCGUAGGGUUGCAAGUAUUUACCGGUGUAGCAAUGCUUAUGAGUUCUUAUGUUUUCCUUGUCGCAAAGUGUAAAUUA